CAGAAGUAGGAUGAGGAUGUGCUCGUUAUGUAAAACGCGUUUGUUACUUAUAUCGUGAAGGCGCUUGUGCAGAGUUUGUUGUUGUUGUUGGGAGGCUGGUGGACUUUGUGAGGCAGGAGGAGCCGCCGUGUGUGUGUGUGUGUGUGCGUGCGUGUCCGUCAGAGCGCUGCGAGUUGUUGUUCAGCAGCAAACACACACUGACUGGUGCGCAAACUGAGAGCAGCCGUGUGUGUUGGUGCCAAGUGACGGAUAUCAGCGACGUGUGUGUGUCUCCAGCGGCUCCCCUCGAGCCUCGCAGCCGCGUGUCGCUGCAGGAGGAGCGGAUGUAAAAACAGAGAAACCUCCGCCUGCUUGCGUCGGGGAGGAGUGCUGCCUCCUGCUUCUAGCGAGUUGCUCGCUCUCCCUCUCGUCGACAGCGAGGGGGUCCCCUCGAGUGUGGAGGAGAAACCUCGGCCACAGUCGUGUUUAUUCCCCCCAGUGGAGUGGAGCUGCGUCGGGUAUAACCAGGCGGCCGGGGCGGACUCGCCUCACCUACUGUGGCCGUGUGGGGGGAAACAAGGUGCCCGGACUCCGGCUCCUCUCUCGCCGCUGACAAGCAGACGGAGACGGUGGCAGCCGCGCACAGCUACGUUACGGCCCCCAGGAGAAGCAUGUGAUGACUCACGCAAGGCAGAAGGGUUCCCUCAGGCAGAGCCGCAGUAGUGCUGAGUGGUGGGACAACUGUCCUCUUGGGCCACAUGGUGGCACUAUGGGCGGCACCGGGCCUGAGCGCUCACUCCGAUUUGGCAGGACAAAGAAGAUAAGUGACGUCACCAAACAAGGGAAAGAAAUGGGCAAGAAGAUGACUCACAAGAGAGGGAGAAGAGAAAAAUCUGAUCAGAACAGGAAACUCGACCGACGGCGUGACAAAAAAUUGGACAGGAAGUUGUAUCCCUUGAGAGGGCGGGCUGGGGGUUCAGGUGAGGAGGGGCUCAGCUGCCGCGUCCUCCUCACCCGAUUGGAGGAAAGCAUACGUGAAAAAGAGAGUUCUGAAGAAAGGAAAGGAAACCAUGCACGCCGACAUUUAGCCCUCAAAAGUAAACCCCAAAAAGGGAAACGCAAUGAAAGAAGAGAGUCAAAGAGUUCACCAAAAAACAAAUCAAAGUCAGUUAGCUCAAGUCAUGGGGAGGGUAUUAAUGUCUUACAACCACGCAAGCGCCGGCUGGCCUCUCUCAAUGCUGAGGCAGUGAACAGUCUACUGCUUGAAAGGCCUUCUGACCUUCAGCCAGCAGCCAAACAGGCCAGGAGACAGAUAGAACCCACAAAUGGAGGGGGUUCCUCAGAUGCAGAUCCAACCAGAAGUGUCCCAGGAGGUCUGAAGGCCUCACGAGGUAAUAUCAGUAAAGUCUCCUCAUCUCACAGACGUGAACUGUGCCAAAGCUCUACGCCAGUCAAGAGGGCCAAAGUCAGUCGUGCUGAUGAGCGCAGGGAGAUGAGUCAGGAGAGUCUCGAUGCUCCCGCCCCCAGACGAUUGGCUGGACUCAAUGCCGCAGCCCUGCUGAAGUUAACCAGCUCCUCUGCUACCAGUAAACAGAGAUUAAAGGCUGCACCCACAGCUACUAUCACGUCAGACUGCAAGGCUCCAGCUGCAGUCUCAACCCCAAUACAGGACUCUAGAGUCAAACAGAAACACAAAGGGCGAUCACAAAAGCAGAAGGGGAAGAAGGCCCCCUCCCCACACAGCAGUUGCACAGCCUGCAAGAAGAAGGCGGACUUUGAGCCCAAAGUUGAGUGGGAAACAAGCAACUGCACACACAGACUGACCAAACCCGGCUACCAGUCACGCAGCAUGCUAGCAUACCCGCUAAAGCAAGUGAAGGAGGAGCAGCUGGAAACUGAACUGAGCCCAUACUACUGCUGUCCACCAGAGGGCUCAGUAGAAUACUGCCACCGUUUGGCCUUCUUUCUGGGUCAGCAGCCCUAUCGAGAAUCAGACGAACAGCCUCUUAACACAGCCAUGACCCCUGUGAAGCGCGAGUGCCUCGUAACCUCACCGUCCCUGACCCAUUCCCAUCCACACACAGCCCUGACCCUCAGCCCCCACCCCUGCCUCUGCACCGCUGACCACUGCUUCUCCAGCUACUACGUCCACAUUGCCCACCCGACACACACUGGAACAACAUCACAAUCCCUGGCCCCGCGACCUCUGAACUUUUCCCCAUCCAGUCUGUGCCCUAACCGGAUGACUGGCUCCAAGCUACUGGGUUCACGGAUGUCCCACGGCUCAGGGCUGGCCCACCCUGCCUACUGCAACUCUGUGGCUUCACCCUGUUAUGGUGAUGCCUGUGGGAUCAAUGGUUACACCUACAGAGCCAUGCCUCCCGUCACCAGCAGGGGUUGCUCUUUCAGCACAGGAUGCACUGGAUGUACACACAGCAUCAAAACAGAGGGUUAUGCCUCCCCUCAGGGUGACCACAGCUCCUCCCUUCUGGUAUCCCCAUCCCUGCCCAUCUCCAGCUGCCCUCUCUCCAGCGUGCCCACUUCCACCCAGACUAAACCCCACCUGCUGACCCCCCUGUCUGGGCGGGACCAGCCCCAGGCCAGGUUAAAGCUGGCCAGGGAAUGCUCUCCGAGCACCAAGCCCUCAAACGGCUCUCUGUCCAUAGGUCGAACACGGCCGCCUCAGAAACAGUCAUCACCUGUGCCAAGCUGGACCAGCACCAAACAAAAGAAAAUCAGCCGCAGACGUGCCACCAACGGCUGGCGGCCUGUUGGAAUGCCCACUGAGAGGGAUGUCUUCAUUGCGGGGGAGGAUGAGACGGCCCUGCGGCAGUGUUAUGAAGGAGUCGAGAGGGACGGUGAAGUGAUACAUAUCAGAGACACAGUGCUGCUACGAUCGGGCCCCAGGAAGAAGACCCUCCCAUAUGUUGCCAAGAUAUCAGCGCUGUGGGAGGACCCCAAAACAGGAGAGCUGAUGAUGAGUCUUUUCUGGUACUACCGACCUGAGCACACCCAGGGAGGCCGAGAUCCCAGCGCCCACUGUGAGAAUGAGAUUUUUGCCUCUCGGCAUCAGGAUGAAAAUAGUGUGGCCUGCAUAGAAGACAGAUGCUAUGUUCUCCCACUAGCCCAGUACUGUAGAUAUUGUGCCUUGGUGAAGCGGCGUGCCGAAGGUGCCCCAUCUGGCAGCGCCAGCAUGGUGCCCUGCCGCCCGGACUUUGCCCCCCCCUCCCACCGCUGUGUGCCCACAGACGUUGACCCCGAGCUGGUGUAUCUCUGCCGGCACGUCUACGACUUCCGCUACGGACGCAUCCUGAAGAACCUGCAGUAGAGGGCAGACGGUUUGUCGCAUCUAUGAAUUAAUCAUCAAGUCCCGAAGGAGCAAACACCCUGGUCUUUUCUGCAGGGGACCUCAUGGUCAGAGGGAAGGGGGAUGAUGGGGUUGGGUUGGUGAUGCAAAAAGUGUUUUUACGAAGCACAGUUCCCUUUAGUCAACUACAGAGGGGGGUUACUAUGUGAUAGAUGAAUCUGUCUCAGUCACGGCACCGAUAUUUCCUGCUUUGGAACAGUUAGGCGCGGACUUUUCGUCCAUCAGUUUGGAUUUUUUGGCUUCCACAGCACUCCGAGGUUACAUAAAAGGUUGUGUCUCCCCCUCCCCUUUGCCUGCCAGGAAUGCUGAACACCAGGCUGAACUUGGCUACUGUCAGGACCGCAUUUCCCCCAAAGCAUCUUAGCACAACAAUCAUGUUUGUUCCAUUUGUAAACCAAUGGCUCAGGGAUGGUCUGCCUCUAAGGUGCUUCUGGGGAAGACAAGCCUGCACUGUCAGCUCGAUGUUAACGGUGUUCAACCAGCCAGUGUGGAAGAGCAGCUAAUGGAGAGUGUCGUCUUAUUUCCCCUGAUUUGAGUUUGUCUCAGUGUGAGUGUGUGAGAGAGUGGCAGAGCGAGGGUUGUCAGUAUGGAUAAAUGGAUAAAUGUGGGUGUGUGUGAUGGUUUUUUAGGAGGCUUUCAGGCAAUCAAACCAAACAAGCAGCUUUAGAGGAAGUGGGGCUUUCUCUCUCUCUUCCACCCUCCUCUCUCCUUUGUGCUUCAGCUCACUGACACUGACAUUUUCAUCUUGAGUGACGCUCCUCUCAAACUAAAUUACCUGAAGAGGAUAUGUGUGACAGACCUUUACUUACCAAACUCAACUUGAGUUAAAGUUUAAGUUUCUUUAACCUGGGGUCAUGGCUCUAAACUGAUUCUACUAAUGAAAACACACUCAACUAUGACAGGCACAGUUGGGGCUGGUUCAGGGGGGCUCACUGAAGCCCCUCAAGGCCAUGACGAAAAAUGCAUGAGGUGUUAUCUAUAUUCUUUUUAAAAUAAUACCAGUGUUUCCCAUGAAUAGCUUAGACUGUGGCGGCCCGCCAUAGUCCAAUUCAUCCAGCCAGAGUCUCCUAAUGAACCAAAAUCUUUAUACACACUCACAAUAACAUAAAAGAUAUCUACUUUCUACUUGCUGCACCUUUCAUCGUAGAACCGCGUGCAGCGCUCCUUGAUGAGGAGCACACAGUUCUCCACAGACAGGGAGCUACAGUCUUAUGCUUUAUUGUGCAUGACAGCAAACUGUGUGCUCUUGGGCGUGUUGCAAGUUCAGUUUCUAUGGGAAUUCUCGCAAUAUUACAUAACUCAUUGGGCCUAUUAGCCAAGUUAUGAAAGUUCACCUGCUGGUAUUCUGAUUAUUGUUUUCAUGUUGUACACACUACAUUUCCCCUAGAUUUAUCUUGUGAACCUCCAACCUUGAAGUCCAAACUGUGCCUAUGACUAAAACCACAGUUGAUCCUCAGACUCGUUUUUCUUCUCAGCCACAGCCCUUGUUUGAAGAAGCCUUUGUUCCAAAUAGGAUCUUAGAGGAUCCGACGGAGAGAGAGAGAGAGCCCUUGCUGAAGAUUCGAGACCCGCCUCUGCCCUGUAGAGGCUUAUUAAGAGGAGGGCCAUCGUUCAUUGCGUUUCUUUUAUUGUCAUAUUUUUUCCCCUUUGCUGUUCCCUGUGACUUGCCUUAUGACUUGCAGGUAGAACAUUAGGCAGCUAGUCUCACCACAUACGAUAAGGAAGUGGUAGAUUGGAUUUACUCUUGUCCCGAGAAGUAGGAUUUUGCUGCCGAUCAAUUGACAGCCGUGGCAUGAAAAUGCACUGGUUUAGGGCUGCAACUAAUGCAUUAUCUAAGUAUUUUCAUCAUCUGUUUAUGGUUUUGCUGAUAAAUUGCAUCAAACUCAUGAAAAAUGGCCUGUGUCAUAAAAAGUGUCUUGUCCAAAACCCAAAGAUUUUAAAUGGCUUCAAUGAAGAUUAGAUCAUCAAAAUACUAGCUGAUUAAUUUGACAUCUAUCGACUGAUCGUUGCAGCUCUACACUGGUUAGAAACCCAGUGCACUUUUCAUGUUGUCGACCUGCUUUGCUCUAGCUGCUCACCGUGUGUCCUGAAGUGCCACAACACCUGGGAAAUGUCUAUUCUAUCCGUUCUAAUUCUACACCCAUACAGAUUUUUCUUCCUCCUCCUCCUCUUUCCCCAAAGACAAACCAAAGGAUGUCACACAAGCCAGAGUCCCCGUCUCCUCCCUCGCACUUCUUCUUCUCUUCAGCACCUCUGCCCUCGUUCCCUUAUUAUAUUGCACUAAUCCAUUCCUUAAUUACAACAAACAUGAUUUAUUUGUUUUCCUUUUUGUUCUAGCUACUAAUAUUGUCCUGGGGGAACAUACUGUUUAUCAUUAUCAAUGUAUGCGUGCGUGUGCGUAUGUGUGUGUCUGUGUGUUUUGUAGAGAAGGAAAUGGUAACGAUGUCAUGGCUGCUUUUGUCAGUGCAAACUGUAUAUUUCGAUGAUUUCACCAGUAGAGGAGUUGGCCAGUGUGUUUGUCCGGUUACCUGAUGCACAACCUGUUGAAUCCCAUGGAAUAUAAACAGUAUACAUAUACAGUAUAUGUAUAUUACUAGAGUCAUUCCAUUAGAUUUUUUUGAAAUCAGCUCUGACAUACUUAUAUAAAUAUACAAUAUAAAUGUAUGUAUGUAUUAUGUAUCCUCACUGUUGAUGUGCUGAGGUUUCAGAAAGGGAUCUGGAUGAGGCCUGACUCAGACUGUAGAUAAAGAUGGACGACACGUCUCCACUUCCUCCCACUAUCCACAAACGAAGCCAAAAUAUCUUGAAUAUGAGCGCCGCCAUCUUGUGCUGAUGAUGUCAUUUGGGGUAGCAAUCAGGGAAUGGAGCUGUGGCAGCGAGAGCCUGCAGAUACAUGUGCUCGACCAAUCGCUAGUCAUACUCAGCUGUCAAUCAUGACGUUUCACCCCGUUUUUAUAGCAUUGAAGAACAAAUUAAAAACCAAAUUUACUGGGGAAAUGAACAAAGAACUACCUAAUAUUACAGAAACCAUCAUGAACUUCAUUUAUUUGACUUUUUUAGUUUGAUUCAUUCACUAACAUGGAGAAGGUGGGGUGUAUGAGCUAUACUGCAGCCCACCACUAGAGGGCAUUCAAGAUACUUUGGCAUCACAUUUGGGGAGCCGUCAUGUCAUCCAUCUUUAUGCACAGCCUAUGGGAUGAACAUAGCACCAUGUUAGGCGUGUGUUUGGAUUGCAGGGUGGGUUUCGGGUGGGGGUCGGGGUGGGGUUGAUACUUAUUUGAGUCGUGGCGGUCUUUCACACCGCAACUCUUUCAUUGCCUUUUGAACCUGCAAGUGUUUUACUCAGCAAAAAGAGUCGGAGUGUGUGUACCUUUUUAAACAAACAAACCUAAAGAUUACCCGAUUACUUUACUACACAGCAAAUGCCCUGAAUUUCAACGUUAUUGGACGAGUAAAAGUUUCUAACACUUUAAAGCCAUCUUUAACUUUCUCUCUAUUCGAGCAGCAUGACUCCGAACACAGAUCCCAAAAUCAAAUCCUGCUCAAUAGGUUUUUUUUUUCUUGGUUUCUAUUAAAAAGCCCAGAUUCUUCAAAGAAGUAAUAUAUAUAUUCUCCUACUUUACAAUUUCUCCUUAUUAAGAAUAUUUUAUUAUGUCGAUUUCCUAAGAUGGCAUAUGCAAUAUAUUUUUAGACUUGCUAUUUUUGGAAAGUGAACUUAAAAAAAAGAUCAAGAAAAGAAUAUGCAUUAUUAUUUAUUUCUGUAUUACAAAUUAGUUUUAAAAUCAUCAGAGUGUUAAUUGAGAUUUGACCAAAUGAAAAAGAAGAGAAGAGAAGAAUGAAGGGAACCGAUGCCGUCGUAUAAUCUGAGGCUGUAGAUAAAAAGCAGUGAGGAAAAUUCCCUUCCAGCCGAUUUCUAUCGAAGUGUACAUAUCUGAAUCCAGGAAGCACUGGGCACUCUUUAAAACAAGCAGACAGCCAAUGCACAGCGUAGUAUUUUUGCAAGAUCUGUAAUAGUUAUAUUUAAAGUAAGAAAAAAAAUAUUUAAAUGGAGUAAACAGUACAAUAUAUUAAGAUUUCAAUUUAACUUAUUUGGAAAUAUUGUGUCUAAUUGAUGAACUAUAUCUUGUUUCUUUGUUCUCCAGGAUUGAAAUGAUUUCUGUUUAUUUGUAAUUUAUGAGUUUAGAGAUUAAAUGACUGCGCGGUGGUUGUCGACGGAGAUGUAAAUGUUGUUUACUUUGAAUCGUUUUGCUGUCGGGGGCUGGAGACCAGACCCAUAUCACGCUCUGACAGACAGGAGAGCAGAAGUCGACACAAAUUUGAACAUUUGAUCAGAUUCCCUUUUUGAGAUACUUUGAAAUAAGUCAAGACUGACCUGAGGCCUCUGGGACUUCAAGCUCUCCUGCUCAACUUGACCGACCUUAAGUGCAACAGUUGGGAGAAUUCCGUGGCGACGUGGUCACCUGAGCUUUUAUCAGUUCAUCCUAUCAGGGCAACGGUACACCUGAGACAGGACGGGACGUCCUCUGACCUCCAGGUCUAGUUUACUUUUCUAAGUUUAGCCCAAUAUUGGGACUGUGGGGAAAUUACUACGGAGGAUGAUGCAGUCAGAAGAAGUUUUAAUCUUUAUUUUUGCUCAGCAAGUGUAGUCUAUAUUAUUUUGGGGAGCAGGAGAGGGUGAUUAAACUUCCCUUUGUUACAUAAUUAUAUUUUUUCAUUUGAAAUCCAUUUUUUUGGGUUCCACAAAAGGAAGGGACAAAGAUAAAUAUGUAGAAUUCUUCUAUAAUAAAAAAUAUAUGAUUUAUCUCCCCUUCCCAACACAAGUAAAUCUCCCUCAUUGAAGUCAUUAAAUUGACAAUGACUUAACAUCCUUGUUUAACUUCUCUGAAUUUAGCUCAAUAUUAUAGUUUUCAAUUUGAGUCAGGAAUAAGGGACAAGGAUAGUCUUUAUUUGUGAGAGCAGGAGAGGGUGUUUUAGCUUUCUUUUAUUUCAUAAUUAUAUUUUAAAUAAUUUUUUUAAAGUAUUGCAUAAUUUAAGUCCAGUUUUCGUAGGGGCCAAAAAAGAAAGGGUCUAAACAACAUAUUGAUGUGCCUGUGGAAGUUUUUUUUUUUUAAUUGAAUUUAUUACAUAAAAUUUAAGAUGUAUCUUCCUUCACACAAAUAAUUUUCCUACAGCCCCUUAUGGAAGUCAUUAAAAUGACAAGGUUUAGCAGUGGGCUGAGAUUUAAUUUAGGAAUUUUUAUAUACUUAAUGAGUAGAUCAAAUUAAGGAUCUACUGAACAGCUUCUCCCUCUGUCCCCAUCAGCUGGCCACCGCUGCCUUUCUCCCAGAUGUGCAUUGAUGGUGUUUGGCCCCUAGAGGGCAGAAAUUCCUGUGUGACUCAUGGACACAUCCCAAUGCUGUCCAACAAUUUCCUCCCUCGUGCUAUGGCCUUGAAUUUUUAUCUUUUGGCUACUGAGAGCGAACUUCCUGGAGGUAGUCAUAAGUCUGGUCAGCACUGCUAAAAGCAUGGACCAGACUGAAUGUUAUUAUUGAUGUAAAUUAAUUUUCCAGCAGCUUUUCAUGGACACAGUUGCAUCCCUUGUUGCCAUGGCAGCAGGGCAGGGCCGUCACUCAGGAGAUGGUUUGGUGGCCAGGGUCAAACGCUGGGUGACCUUCUUUUGAUGCCACACAGGAAGUGCGUUCCCUCAGCGAGUCCAAACAAAAGCACCCGACCAACCCAUGAGAUUCUGCUUUCUGUGUCUGUGCUGAUGCUUGUUGUCGACAUAUACUUGGAAAAAUGGGGGAAUAUACAGUAAAGAGUCUAGAUAUUUUUGGAGUAGAGAAGCGAUGUGUGUAUCAGAAUAUUGUCACUUUGUCAUGCUCUCUGAAAAUUGCUUGGAUUUUUUUUUGUUGGAAGAAUUAUAACAUCCCUCUGAUUUGAUGUUCCAUUCAAAGAAUAUUUAUAAAUUUUAAGUCCUUUGUGAAAA